AUGCAAUUUUCAUAUCAGGGCUCGCGAGAGCGUCGUGCAUUUGAAUACUAUUUUUACCAAGCUGGCUCAUCACUUUCAGGAAUUCUGGACCAGGCCUUCUGGACAGGUUCGGUCCUCCAAAUCUGCCGGGUAGAGCCAGUUAUUUGGGAUGCGAUUAUCUCGCUCAGCGCGCUCUAUGAACGACCUCCCAUUCACGAGACAUCGCCCUGGCUGCUUAUGAACGAUCCAGCUGCGGUGCGACAUCAGCACCAUCGCGAAGCGCUAGUCUGGUACUCGCGCUCGCUGGCUGUCCUACAGCAACGUAUUAAACAGGGCACGGCGGAACUGAUGGUGUCCUUGAUCAGCUGCAUUCUCUUCACUGCGAUCGAGAUCUUACAGGGGAAUAGCAAAGCUGCUCAGAUUCUGUACAAACAGGAUGCGCAACUGAUGGUUAGUGCUACGUCAACAGCAACUUCGACCAUCACCACCCUCGAACCCAUCUUCCGCCGUUUGGGAAUAUGGAUCUUCAUCGCCAAUGGAUCAUCAGAAGCAAACUGGGAUCUUCAUGUGGCCGUUAUAGACGAGCGAUUCACAUUGAUCCAAGAGGCGAGGAACGUUCUGUCCGAACUGAAGGCUCUCAACAUUGACUCCAAGGCUUAUCUACGCCGAACAGCAGAUGAUCAGCCCCACGAGGUAUCAGAGCUGGUGGCCAGACAACAAGGCUUGAAAACCCGACUCGCUCACUGGUAUCGCCUCUUUACGUACUUGGAGUCUAUGCGUGGCUCGAACAUCGACGGUGCAACCGCGCUUCUUCUAAUGACAUAUACGAGUGUCUUCAUCGAAGCAGAAGCCGUGCUGAAUUAUGACCAAGCUGUAUAUGACGUCUAUGAGUCUAAAUUCGCCCAGAUCAUUAACUUGGCCCCCAUCGCGGUCGCAUGGACACGCAGCUCGGAAGGGAAACAACCGCCCUUUAUGUUUGAGAUGGGCGUAUUCCUCCCACCUUUCAUCACAGGGCUCAAAUGUCCCUUCCCCGAGCUACGCCGCCAGGCAGUACGGUACAUGGGGGAGGCUCCCCCGGCACAAGGACUGGUCGUGUGCACUCCGGCCGCUCAUAUCGUGGCCGUUCUCAUUGCACUAGAGGAGAACCCCGACAACCUACCAGGACAAUUUUCUCAAGUAUAUGAUCUGCUGGCCAAACCGGGGUAUAUUCCACCGGCCCAGUAUCGCACAUGUGAUUUCAGUGUGUCGCCAGUUAUGGAUGAGGAGGGCAAGAUACAGAAAUGGUUGAACUAUACACUCCACCACUCUGACGAGGAGGGGAGGAUACAAAUCAUAGAGAAAAGGGUGCUAUUCCCUGCAUAA